AUGUUGCACUAUUUAUUAUUGCUAUGUGUGAUAAUUGUUGCAAAUGAUGGUCAAUUAGUUUAUAAAGAUUCAAGCGAAUGUCCAGGUAACCUGAAAUGGAGUACAACUGGAAUAACAAUUAUGGGCAAUGGUUAUGGUUCAGGUCCGGAUCAAUUCAAAUAUGCUGAAGGCUUAUUUAUUGAACCAAAAACACAAAUUUUAUAUAUCACUGACGCUGCUAAUAAUCGUAUUCAAAAACGUUAUCCAAAUGGUGAAAUCAAAACAGCUGCAGGUCAGGCUAAUGGUGCCGGUGGAUCCGCAGCAGACGAACUAUAUAGUCCGGGAGAUGUUUUUGCUGAUGAAAACGAAAACGUCUUUGUUGCUGAUAUGAUGAAUCAGCGGAUUCAGUAUUGGGAAAAAGAUGCCAAACGAGGAAAAACAGUGGCUGGAAAUGGCACCGUCGGUUCAGCAUUGAAUGAAUUUAAUCGUCCAUAUAGAGUUUUGUUGGAUUCAAAGAAAAAUAUAAUAGUUUCCGAUAUGAAUAAUGAACGUAUAACAAGAUGGCCAUCUACAUAUGAUCCAAAAACAUCUGUUGGUACAAUUAUAGCAGGUGGUCACGGUGCAGGUCUCAAUCCAUAUCAAUUAAAUACUCCGACUGGUUUAUAUUUAGAUGAACCAAAUAAUAUCUUAUAUAUAUCAAAUGAAGAAAGUCAUUCUGUAACUCAAUGGGACAUGGAUUCUUAUGGAAAUAAAAAUAUAUAUGCAGGAAUUCCUGGCAGACCCGGUAAUAGUGCAGCUCAAUUGUGGGGUCCGGAAGGCCUAACUCUUGAUAAAUAUGGCAAUUUAUAUAUCACAGAUUGUAUGAAUCAUAGAAUACAACUUUUUUGUCCUAAUGCUAUAUAUGGUAUAACAAUUGCAGGAACGGGUCACAUUGGUAAUGGUAGUAAUGAAUUAUAUUAUCCACAUGAUGUAGCAUUUGAUUCAGAAAUGAAUUUAUAUGUUACAGAUACAUAUAAUUUUCGUAUACAAAAGUUUCAAAGAAUACAAUAA